AUGUCUGAGAGCUUCUGCUUUACAAGUGUUGGCCACCAUGAUAAUCCAGUUUUUGAAAUGGAGUUUUCGCUAGCUGGAGAAGCAGAAUCCGACGAUGACUGUCAUCAUCUGAACCAGUUCAUAGCUCAUGCUGCUCUCAACCUCAUGGAUGACGACAUGUGGCUGUCCGCCAACACGGACUUGAAAACCGCGGGCAAAUUCAAGGAGUGGUUUCUUUCGGCAUUUGUUGCCACAGGUCAUGUGAUAUUUAUUAUGCUUCGUGACAUAAGGCAAGAAGAUGGAAUAAAGAACUUCUUUACUGAUGUCUAUGAUUUAUACAUAAAGUUUGCAAUGAAUCCAUUUUAUGAACCAAAUUCUCCUAUUUGA